UCAGGGCUGGAGGCCAGAGGCUCUGCCCGGGGGGGGCCCUGACCACCAGCCCAGCCUCUACAUCCCUCAGCUGCUCCCCAUCUGCCCGAGGCUCCUCCUCCUCGCAGCCCUCACGCCAGGGGAGAACUCGCAAGCCGAGCACAGGAGCAGGGGCGCGGCUGGGAGCCCGCGGUGUGGCCCCGUGUUCGCGUGGAGUGGCUUAGCCCCGGCCUCAGAGUCUGGGCGCUGUGGGUCCUUUGGGCGCCUGUGUUUCUGGGCCACGUGGCACUUCCUGGCCUUGUCUCUGCGUGGGGUCCGUGUCUCUGCAUGGACACGGUGUGCGAGGGGUGGGGCUGUCCCCCCAGUCCCCGGGGAAGUGCUGGGGAGGGGCCGGGAGGGAGGAGGAAUGUGCUGAGGAGCAGCGGCUUCGAACUGGUCAGACGACUUGGGGAAGCUGGAAGCAGGAGCCCAGAAGGUGGAGGAGAGGACAGCAAAGGUCAGAGGGACGGACCCGAGAGCGCGGCCAGGCCGACUCAGGGCGGUGACAUGAGGCUGCUCCCUGGCUGGACAGCGGUGGUACCUGUGAGCUCUCGGGGCAGGGCCUGGCCGUGGGCACAGCGACCCAGAAGUAGGUGGACGCCUUUAAGGGGUGUGGGGCUGGGGCCGCCCGGCAGGAGCAGAGCCAGGACUUGAGGCCCAGCUCCCGCCAGCUGAGGAGCCUCAGUCCCCGGGAGUGGGGGACAGGCCGGCCGGGGGCUGGCUUUAGGGCGUCCGUGGCGGUCACACAGGGGCUCACAACUCUGCUUAAGGCUCUGCUGUUUCUCUUUUAAAAUGUCUAGUACUUCUGGGUCAGGGCCCCCACGCUUUCAUUUUGCACCGAGUGCCACGGAUUGCACAGCUGGUCCUGGUCGCAGGGGGGAUUCCUGUCCCCACACAGGGGACAGGCAAGACGGGGCCAGCCUCGGCAACUCCUGCUCCGGAGGCCCAUCUGUCAGCCCGCAGCAGUUUCCAGGUCAGGGAUCAGACCAGAGGCACACCAGGGACCACGCCAAACCCUUAACCACGGGGACGUUUUCAGAAUGGUUUUCUCAAACCUUGCCACCUGCGUGGCCUUGGUUCCCCGCACCGCUUAAAUCGCUCUCCUCGGCUCUCAAGCAGGUUAAUUGCCCACAGCGCUUGGGGUUAAAAACCCAUGACAGUGCGCAGAUGUUGCUUGGCUCGUAAUUGCUGCUUCAUAAGGAGAUGGGUUAUGAUGAUGAUAAUGAUUAACUUCUUAUUAAUGAAUGGGGAGAGCCUCCUCCGGGGGCUGACAGGUGCCCAUUUUCCUCUCGCCCCACCCAGGGCUUGGUAAACUUCCGAGGCCGGCCGCUCCGGCCCUCUCUUGGAACACAGCCGUUCCCGUGCCCAGGCUCGGGUGUGGGCAAGGAAGGGGGUGCUCAGGAGGGAAGCCUGAGCCGAGGCCUGGGUGGCCUUUUCCGCUACGGCCGGGGUUAAUACGUUACAUUGGCCUGGGUCCUCUUUCGCAAUCGAAGCUUCGGGAGCUGGUUACAGAUUGACUUCGAACAAUGCCUGAUACGUGGAGUAAAGUCCUCCUUGGACCUGGUAAAGCCACCCCCUCUUCUCCGCAGGAACCGCUCACACACCUGUGCCCCAGAGAUGAGGGCCUGGGAGGACGCCGAGGGCCCGACCCAGGUGCUGGGCAUGGGGCCGGGGCGGGGGGCUGAGCCCUGGGCACGCAGAGGGCAAGGUUCUGCUCACCAGGCUCAAGGGUGACGGUCCCAGGCGGACUGUGGCCACUGGGGGACAGGGAAGGGGCAGCAAUAGGGGUGAAGGAGCCUGUGGCUUUGGGACCGGCUGACUCCAGCUUGAGGGCCAGCCAGCAGGGGCCCAGCCUACCACCUGCUCGUGAUGUCCCAAGGUCCUCCAAGGGGCAGAGGUGGGGCCAGAGUGGGCCCAGGCCUCCAGCCCCGCUGGCCUCCUCGCCUGGUGUCCCGCCUUCUGACUCACGGACCCAUUUCCUCGGCGUGAAGGCCCAGGACCUGGGGGCUUCAGGAGCCAGCACAGUGGGGCCCAUCGCUGCACAAAGCAGCCCGAUGUGGGGGCUGUGUAGCCAGGCCGAGGGGCAGCUGGGUGGAUGGACCUGGGUGGAGGUGGGCGACUGCAUUAGGCCAGGCUGAUGGGCCUACUUGGUUCUGAAGAAGGACGGACUUUGCUGGUUCCCAUCACCCCACGCUGAAUUUCUUCUCUCUGCCGCCCCCAGCACAAGUCCCUGGGCUCAGCAGGGACCUCCACGAGGGAGCCCCCAGGGACCCUGCCCACAGAGCCCAAGUCUGACAUGUUGUACAAGCUCGAGGACGUGCCACCCUGGUACCUGUGCAUCCUGCUCGGCUUCCAGGUGGGUGUCUCCCCGGGGCCUUCCCAUCCCUGCCCUGCACGCCCAUCAGGAUUGCAGUCCCCUCCCUGGGCAACGAGGGCACCUUGGAUAACAGGAAGAGGAACCUAAGGUCAGCGGCCGUGACUGUCACCAAGCAGGGGUGGGGAAGAGGCUCAAGUGAGCCUGAAACAGGUUUGCACCCCCGGGACGAUGCAUCGCCUGCCAGGCGGCGUGCCGGCCACAGGGAAGAGGGCCACUCCACAGAAGCUGCAGGAAUAACUUGGGGGCAGAUUAGUCACCCCAGAGAGCAUUACCUGACCUGCUUCAGCGGCACCAUCGCUGUGCCCUUCCUCCUGGCGGAGGCGCUGUGUGUGGGCCGUGACCAGUACAUGGUCAGCCAGCUCAUUGGCACCAUCUUCACCUGUGUGGGCAUCACCACCCUCAUCCAGACCACACUGGGCAUCCGGCUGCCGCUGUUCCAGGCCAGCGCCUUUGCAUUUCUGGUCCCAGCCAAGUCCAUCCUGGCGCUGGAGAGAUGGAAAUGCCCCCCGGAAGAGGAGAUCUACGGUAACUGGAGCCUGCCUCUGAACACCUCUCACGUCUGGCAUCCACGCAUGCGAGAGGUCCAGGGUGCAAUCAUGGUGUCCAGCAUGGUGGAGGUGGUGAUUGGGCUGACGGGGCUGCCUGGGGCCCUGCUCAGCUACAUUGGGCCUCUUACAGUCACCCCCACUGUCUCCCUCAUUGGCCUCUCUGUCUUCCAAGCUGCUGGUGACAGAGCUGGCUCCCACUGGGGUAUCUCAGCUUGCUCCAUUCUUCUGAUCAUCCUCUUCUCCCAAUACCUGCGAAACCUCACGUUCCUGCUGCCUGCCUACCGCUGGGGCAAGGGCGUCACUCUCUUCCGCGUCCAGAUCUUCAAGAUGUUUCCUAUCGUGCUAGCCAUCAUGACGGUGUGGCUGCUCUGCUAUGUCCUCACCCUGACGGACGUGCUGCCCCCCGACCCCACAGCCUAUGGCUUCCAGGCACGAACAGACGCCCGAGGGGACAUCAUGGCUCUUGCGCCCUGGAUCCGCAUCCCCUACCCCUGUCAGUGGGGGCUACCCACAGUGACAGCAGCUGCCGUCCUGGGGAUGUUCAGUGCCACGCUGGCGGGCAUCAUCGAGUCCAUUGGCGAUUACUAUGCUUGUGCCCGCUUGGCUGGCGCGCCACCCCCUCCAGUACAUGCUAUCAACAGGGGCAUCUUCACCGAAGGCAUCUGCUGCAUUAUCGCAGGGCUGUUAGGCACGGGCAACGGGUCCACCUCAUCCAGCCCCAACAUCGGCGUCUUGGGGAUCACCAAGGUGGGCAGCCGGCGCGUGGUGCAGUACGGCGCGGGCAUCAUGCUGGUCCUGGGCACUAUUGGCAAGUUCACGGCCCUCUUCGCCUCAAUCCCUGACCCGAUCCUAGGCGGGAUGUUCUGCACCCUUUUUGGCAUGAUUACGGCCGUGGGGCUGUCCAACCUGCAGUUCGUAGACAUGAACUCCUCCCGCAACCUGUUCGUGCUUGGAUUUUCCAUGUUCUUCGGGCUCACCCUGCCCAAUUACCUGGACUCCAACCCGGGUGCCAUCAACACAGGUAUUCCUGAACUGGACCAGAUUCUGACUGUGCUGCUGACCACGGAGAUGUUUGUGGGUGGGUGCCUCGCUUUCAUCCUGGACAACACAGUGCCAGGAAGCCCAGAGGAACGAGGUCUGACACAGUGGAAGGCAGGGGCCCAUGCCCACAGGGAGAUGUCUGCCAGCCUGAGGAGCUACGACUUGCCCAUCGGGAUGAGCGUGGUGAAGAGAACUGCCUUUCUGAAAUACGUUCCUAUCUGCCCCGUCUUCAAAGGAUUUUCUUCAAGAUCAAAAGACCAGCUUCCAGUUCCAGCAGAUGCCCCAGAAAAUACAGACGCCAGGUCUGUGUGCACCAAGGUCUGAAAAAUCACUGCCAGAAAAGGAAGCAUGGUACAUAAAAGGAAAAGAAAACCACAUGGGGAGUCAGAAGACCUAAGCUGAAUCCCAGCUCCGCUAGCUUCCUCUGUGGGCCUAGAUAAGGCACUGUCUCUGGGACCCUGCUCUCCCAUCAGUUAAGGGCAGAACAGACCAAAGGCCCUAAAUAAGAGCCUUAGAGAUUUGUACCACCAUUAUUCUACGUUUCUAAAUUACUUUCCUAAGUAGAUGUGUCGGCACAUAGGGAACGGCUGGAAAUUUUCCUCAACCGCAUCUCAAUGCAAGUUGAUAAAGACAAAAAGAAACCAGGAUGGAUUCCAGGGGCUGAAAUGUAGGUAUGCUCGCAGGCUUUUAGACUGAAUCUAAGCCCCCAAUGUCACUUACUUCAAGACCAAAGCAUAUUAAAAUUAAACAGUGUGUUGGAGCAAUAA